AUGCCAGCCCUCACCCCCGGCUCCCUCGUCCUCGUCACCGGCGCCUCAGGCUUCAUGGGCACCCACACGGUCGGCACGCUCCUCGACGCCGGUUUCGCGGUGCGCGCGGCCGUGCGCUCCGCCGACAAGGGCGAGCACCUCAAGGCCGAGUUCCCCGCGCACGCCGAGCGGGUCAGCUAUGCCAUCGUGCCGGACAUGAGCGAGCCAACCGCCUACGACGCCGCCGUCGUCGGCGUCGAUGCCGUCGUGCACCUCGCGUCCCCGACCGACCUGAUGACCCCCGGCCCGCCCUCGGUCAUCAUCCAGCCCGCGAUCGACGGCGUCGUCAACGUCCUCUCGGCGGUACAGCGCUUCGCGCCGACCGUCCAGCGCGUGGUCCAGAUGAGCUCGGUCGGCGCCAUCGCGACCGUGGGCAAGGGCAGCGUGCCCGAGCCGGUCACGUACACCGAGGCUGACUGGAACACGGAGGCCCUCGAGAUCUGCGAGAAGGAGGGCGCCGCCGCCGGCCCCAACUUCAAGUACUCUGCGUCCAAGAUUGCCGCCGAGAAGGCGUUCUGGGACUUUAUCGCCGAGCGCAAGCCGCACUGGGACGGCGUGGCGCUUAUCCCGACUUAUUGCGUUGGCCCUUCGAACGGCUUCUCGGCCACUGGCGGCGUCGCUGGCCCCAUUGCCAUGGUCGUGCCCUUCCUCCAGCCUGGUAUCCCGGACCAAGCGCUGGCCAACUCGUUUGACAACUUUAUCGACGUCCGCGACGUCGCCCUGGCCAUCCUCAAGUCCCUCACGCUUCCUCAGGCGGGUGGCGAGCGCAUCAUCCUCUCCGCCGACACGCUCUUCGGCAACGACUUUGCAGUGGUCGCAGGCACGCUCCCCAACCUGCCCACUGGCAUCAACAAGGGCAACGCCGACCCGGCGUACCGCGCCUCCCUGGCCGCCUCGAGCGUCGUGUACGACGGGCACAAGGCCGAGCGCGUGCUCGGGAUCACGUAUCGCAAGCGCGACGAGUCGAUCAAGGACACGUUCAAGGCGAUCCGCGCCAAGCUCGCCAUCUAGGCAGGGAGGCCUUAGAACUCUAGACGCUCCACAGCACCGCCACCCAUCCAUCACAUGUAUCUCAUGCCGAACCG